UACAGAAAAAAACAACCCUGACAAGCAGCUGUUGCUACAAUGUUACAGAACUCCCACGUGCGCAAAUCAAACUGUGGUUACUUUGUUAUAGUUUGACUAAUCGUCAGUGAUUUGUGAGAAUUGUCUGCAUCUUCGACGAGAGGACAAUGGAGGCCGUUAUUACGAUUAAUCCCGGUAAAUGAUUGCUGCGUGUUUGGCGUAAAGUCACUAAUGCUAACGCAUGCCAAUGGAUGGUAGCCUAGCAGUUGCCGUAAUGAAGUUGCGAUUUACAUUACCCCUUCUUCAAAACUGCCAUUUCAUCAAGCAUGUUAAUUGUUUUCUGUUUAGGGGCCACGAAAUGGGACAUCCGAGAGAAAGUUUGGGAUUACAUUGAAGCUAAGAAUCUUGCAAACUUUCCAAGGCCUGUGCACAACAGAAUCCCCAAUUUUAAGGUAGGGCAUUUCUGGAGGUUCAGUGUACUGCAUUUUGAUUGAACUAUUCCUAAACCUAGCCCUCUUAAUAAGUUUGCACCCUCUUGUUUGUCUGUGUAGUUUAAAUUUGUAUUUUGCAUGUGCUGGUCCCAUAUAGCCAUUUUGAAAAGUAUUGUCAAACGUUUAUUGUGCACUCUCCACAGCCACUGGUCUGCACUAAUAAAUGUAGCUAGCUAGCCUUACCUAAACAUCAGACUGUUACCAUGGUUACACCAUGACAUCAGUUUGAAAGAAGAAGCUGUAAAAAAAAAAACUCAGUAGUCUCUACAAGUCAAGUUGAAUAAAAUCAUAUUUACACUUUACCGGUUGUACACGCUGUUGGUCCUUUUGGCUGUAGGAGGUGGAGCUAGGGUAUCAACAGUCGCCAGUAGGUUCUGUUACUUGUAUUUUCAAUCUGUUGACACAUUGCACUUGAUACACAAUAUGUAAACAAUAGCCGAAUGUUACCACAUGUAUUUGUAUUUAUUAGGGAUCCCCAUUAGCUGCUGCCUUUCCGGGGGUCCAAACACAUUAAGGUACUUGCAUCACACAUAAAACAAAAUAUAAAACAGUACAUCAUGAAACAUUAUUACACCACUAUAUAUAUAUAUAUAUAUAUAUAUAUAUAUAUAUAAUACCACCAUACAACAAUAUUACAAUGUAGGUGUGUGUGCUAGCGCGUGUAUGCGUAUCUGUACCUGUGUGUCUCUUCACAGUACCCGCUGUUUCAUAAGGUGUAUUUUAAUGUUUUUUUAAUCAGAUUCUGCAGCUUGCAUCAGUUACCUGAUGUGGGAUAGAGUUCCAUGUAGUCAUGGCUCUAUGUAGGACUGUGCGCCUCCCAUAGUCUGCUCUGGACUUGGGGAUUGUGAAGAGACCUCUGGUGGCAUGUCUUUUGGGGUAUGCAUGGGUGUCCCACGCUGUGUGCUAGUAGUUUAAACAGACAGCUCGGUGCGUUCAGCUUGUCAACACUUUUUACAAAAACAAGUAGUGAUGAAGUCAAUCUCUCCUCCACUUUGAGCCAUGAGAGAUUGACAUGCAUGUUGUUAAUGUUAACUCUCCGUCUACAUUUAAGGGCCAGCCGUGCUGCCCUGUUCUGAGUCAAUUGUAAUUUUCCCAAGUCCCUCUUUGUGGCACCUGACCACACGACUGAACAGUAGUCCAGGUGUGACAAAACUAGGGCCUGUAGGACCUGCCUUUUUGAUAGUGUUGUUAAGAAGGUAGAGCAGCCCUUUAUUAUGGACAAACUUCUCCCCAUCUUAGCAACUGUUGUAUCAACAUGUUUUGACCAUGACAGUUUACAAUCCAGAGUUACUCCAAGCAGUUAAGUCACCUCAACUUGCUCAAUUUCCACAUUAUUCAUUACAAUAUUUGGUUGAGGUUUAGGGUUUAGUGAAUCAUUUGUCCCAAAUAUAAAGCUUUUAGUUUUUGAAACAUGCUCCCGAGUGGCCCAGCGGUCUAAGGCACUGCAUCUCAGUGCUUGAGGCGUCACUACAGACCCCCUGGUUCGAUUCCAGGCUGUAUCACAACCGGCCGUGAUUGGGAGUCCCAUAGGGCAGCACACAAUUGGCCCAGCAUCGUCCGGGUUUGGCUGGUGUAGGCCAUCAUUGUAAAUAAUAAUUUGUUCUUAACUGACUUGCCUAGUUAAAUAAAGGUUAAAUAAAUAAAAAAUAAACAUUUAGGACUAACGUAUUCCUUGCCACCCAUUCUGAAACUAACUGCAGCUCUUUGUUAAGUGUUGCAGUCAUUUCAGUCGCUGUAGUAGCUGACGUGUAUAUUGUUGAGUCAUCCGCGUACAUAGACACACUGGCUUUACUCAAAGCUAGUGGCAUGUCGUUAGUAAAGAUUGAAAAAAGUAAGGGGCCUAGACAGCUGCCCUGGGGAAUUCCUGAUUCUACCUGGAUUAUGUUGGAGAGGCUUCCAUUAAAGAACACCGUCUGUGAUCUGUUAGACAGGUAACUCUUUAUCCACAAUAUAGCAGGGGGAGUAAAGUCAUUACACGUACAUUUUUCCAGCAGCAAACUAUGCUCGAUAAUGUCAAAAGCCGCACUGAAGUCUAACAAAACAGCCACCAUAAUCUUUUUAUCAUCAAUUUCUCUCAGCCAAUCAUCAGUCAUUUGUGUAAGUGCUGUGCUUGUUGAAUGUCAUUCCCUAUAAACGUGCUAAAAAUCUGUUGUCAAUUAGUUUACUGUAAAAUAGCAUUGUAUCCGGUCAAACACAAUUUUUUCAAAAAGUUUAGUAAGGGUUGGUAACAGGCUGAUUGGUUGGCUAUUUGAGCCAGUAAAGGGGGCUUUACUAUUCUUGGGUAGAUGAAUGACUUUUGCUUCCCUCCAGGCCUGAGGGCACACACUUUCUAAUAGGCUUAGAUUGAAGAUGUGGCAAUAUUGUCUGCUAUUAUCCUCAGUAAUUUUCCAUCCAAGUUGUCAGACCCCAGUGGCUUGUCAUUGUUGAUAGACAACAAUAAUUUUUUCACCACUUCCACACUCACUUUACGGAAUUCAAAAUUACAAUGCUUGUCUUUCAUAAUUUGGUCAGUUAUACUUGGAUGUGUAGUGUCAGUGUUUGUUACUGGCAUGUCAUGCCUAAGUUUGCUAAUUUUGCCAAUGAAAAAUCAUUAAAGUAGUUGGCAAUAUCAGUGGGUUUUGUGAUGAAUGAGCCUUCUGAUUCAAUGAAUGAUGGAGCUGAGUUUGCCUUUUUUCCCAGAAUGUCAUUUAAGGUGCUCCAAAGCUUUUUGAUAUCAUUCUUUUUAUCAUUUAUCUUUGUUUCAUAGUAUAGUUUCUUAUUUUAUUGAGUUUAGUCACAUAAUUUCUCAAUUUGCAGUACGUUUGCCAAUUGGUUGUGCUGCCAGAUUUAUUUGCCAUACCUUCAGUCAACCAAUGCACGUUUCCUCACAAUUAGCUGUAAGUGUUUGUCGUUCGGUUAGGCUCGGCCAUAUUGUGCAAGUGUUUGUCACGUGCAAAUUGCAUCAGUAUUGAAAAUAGAAACAGGAAAUACAAACGAUAUACAGAUGACUAGCAUACGGAAGGUCGGGUUGAUAACGCUACUCAGUAGAUGUUUUGUCUCACAUUCCUACCUGCAAAAGAACCAACCAAACAGACAACCAGUAUAAUUUUUUUCAGCAUUCUGGCAUGUAGAGGUCGUGAGAGUAAACUUUCCUGAUCCAAACGCUCAUUUCUGCCGAAGUACAAUUCUAUGCAAUUCAACUUCGGGUCUUCAGGCUAUAGCUAGCCUAGCUACCUUAUUUGCUAUAUUAUAUUGUAAGCUAGUAGCUAUCAUAGUACUUUUGUCUUUGACCUGUUGUAAAAUCUCUAUUUUAGGAAAACCUAUUUUUUACCAGUAGGCUAACAGUGGUGUACAUAUGCUUUUGAACCCUUUGUGUGUGUGGGGGGGGGGGGGUGCGUGCUUGUCUUGCUGUGUGUGGUUGUCUGUGUGGUCAGGGUGCGGUCCCGGCCUGUGACCGUCUCUCAGCCCUGCAGGAGUUCAAGUCCAGCCAGAUAGUCAAAGUAAACCCGGACCGACCCCAGCAGCAGGCACGCUACAUCACCCUGGAUGUAAGUGAGCCCUCACAUCCUCUCUCCUUACCCCCUCUCCCCCUCUCUGCCCCCAGGGUGCCCACACAGCCUGCGCCAAGGUGUCGGAGCUGCAGGUAUUCAAUGAAACUGACGAGGUGAAGGUGGACCCUGACAAGCCGCUGGAGGGGGCGAGGCUGGCCGUGCUGCAGGUAUCCCUGGGUCACAGGCCACCAUGAGCCUGGGUCAUUGGUUCAGUAGUGUUGAGUCUCCAUCACCAGAUCAUAACCAUAGAGUGCUGGAAUUAGGUUAUUUGUAUUAGACGCCCUUAGCUCAUCUGUCUAUGGUUAUAUUCUCUUAGCUUACUAAACUCUGGCCUCUUGCUUUUAGGCGAGGAAAACCCUGCUGGUGCCGACCCCUCGCCUUCGCACAGGACUCUUCAAUAAGAUUGUCCCGCCUGAGGGAGCAAGUAAAGAAGAACUGAGAGUGUGCUCCACCUCCCAGGUGAGUCAGUCCCUUCUCACUAGUGCUGAGCGAUUCAAUUAAAUGUCGGUUCUUUUUUUGUUUUUUAAACAACUAAUUGACUUCGGUUCAAUUAUUUGAAUUCCAUUUUGUAUGUUUUUUUUAUGUGAGCUCAAGACGCACAUUGCGUGGCAGUUUCUCUAGAGAUAAAUCAGAUCAUACCCUAACUGUGCGAUGUAGUAGGGAGUUGUAGUUUCCAACAGACCAAUGUCCUAAAUAGUUUAGUGCAGAAAACUUGAUAAUUAAAUUCAAUGACCAUAGUCCAUUGUGCUGCUACUUGUCCGGUCUGUUUCUUUUACGCCUGCUACGUAAGAGAUAGAAGAAUGCAUGAUCAAGAGGGAAUACAUAGAGAGCAGUUGCUUCGUGAGGUAUUAUUCAACAGUCAUAAAGUAUGGUUUAUUUACUUGGAAGAACUACUGAAAUAGUCAUUUUGUCAGACAGCGUAGGCAGCAGCUCCAUAGAGAUGGGAUGAUGACUUGGAAUGAAAUAAUAGUCAUCAAAUGUAAUAUACACAACUGAAAUAUUUUUAUUAAAGUAAUGUGAUAAACUGCUGGUUAAUAAGUGAUAAGCAGUCAUGGGCAGUCACUACCAUCAUGGGACUUUUAUUAGUUGUUUUAGUCUGUGUUACAGCAUUCAACCCACAUAAUGCAUAGUGCAUUUAAUGUUGAAAAAAAUUACCUCAAAAAGCAGUAAUCGCUCAGCACUACUUCUCACCCAACACCCACCCCUACGCAGCACUAUCCAUCCCUCUCCAUCCAGCCCCUGUGCACAUUACAUUUGACAUUUUAGUCAUUUAGCAAACGCUCUUAUCCAGAGCGACUUACAGUUAGUGAGUGCAUACAUUUUUCAUACUGGCCCCCCGUGGGAAACGAACCCACAACCCUGGCGUUGCAUGCGCCAUGCUCUACCAACUGAGCCAUCUCAUUUUAACUCCUUCAUUCACCACAUCCCAUUCAUUAUCCCCAUGAACAUGCUGUCCCUCUCACUAUACAACUUGGUGAAUCCACCAUAGAAGACCAAAUGCUUUGUUCCAAGACUAGUUGGUGUGUGGGGUUUCAAAUGUAAACGUUUUUGAAUCCAAUGUUUCUUGUGAUCUGGAGCACCUGUUCUUUCGUUCUUUCUUUCUUUCUUUCUUCUCUGCAGGGAGUGAAGGAGUUCAGUGUCCCUGUGGGUCUGGAUGCCAAGGUUCAGGUGGAUCUUCUGGUGGUUGGCUCUGUGGCCGUGUCUGAGAAAGGUGAGAGCCAGAGAAAAGACCUCUAUGGGCUGUGGUCACCUACCCUGGUCCAGGAAAGUUCCAGCUCAGCACCAACACGCAUACUGUUAGGAUUAAUCUCAUCUCUCUUUUCUCCUCAGGUUACCGGAUAGGUAAAGGAGAGGGCUUUGCGGACAUGGAGUAUGCCAUGAUGCUCUGCAUGGGGGCUGUGACGGAAUCUACUGUGGUGGUUACCAUCGUCCAUGACUGCCAGGUUAGCUUGUUGGUUAUCCCACAACAUGAAGUCACACACAGUGUUUGGUCUUAAACUGGAUAAGUGUUGCUUCAUGCUCCAGAUUCCUAUGAUUUUGCAAUAUGUUUCUGUGCUUGAUGUCUGUGAAUUUAUGCAGGUGCUGGACAUCCCAGAGGAUUUGAUUGAGAGCCAUGACCUCACUGUGGACUACAUCCUCACCCCGACCAGAGUCAUCAAGACAGACUGCCAACGCCCCAAGCCACAGGGCAUCAUCUGGACUAAGGUACAACACUAAAUCUCACCCGUUUUACUGUUGCUCAAUAUGAUUCAUUCCAUUGCUUAUGCAGUUGUUCUAACUACUGUUGCUGCAAGCUACAACUGCUGCUUUUACUAAUACGACUGCUAUUAGUUGCUGUGUGUUGCUGAAUGGCUGAAACCUCAAUGAUUUGAGCUAGAAAACCGCUUUCAAAAUGAGCCCAAAGUUGCGCCCAUCUUCUGUAGUUUUCCAGUGACUUUUGGCUGCACCUCAAACCGUGUUGCUUGAGCUUUGUUUGCUCACCUAGCCGUAGAAGUAUAACCAUUACACACACGCGCACACACUACCUCUGGGGUCCCUUAAGACGGCCAUGCCCGUCCUGAGGACCCACGCUGACCCCGUAGACAGGAAGGCCAUGUCUGAUCAUCAAAGGCCUCUCUACCGGGCCAGCCUGGCUGUGCUGGGCCCAGUUAAAGAGAGGGCACCGGGGCCAAAGUAAAAACAAUAGCCCAUUAUAUCCUGUACAGGAGCAGCCGCCAUCAAAGCCUUAGCAGACACGCUCUGCCCUGGGAAAUCAGAGAGCUGUCUUUAUAUAGCUUUCCAGGGAAGUGGAAUAUCCCCCCACAAUAAAGAUGAUACGGUCAGAGAGGUUAUCAGUGCUCCUGAAGACCCCGUCAGUCUGUUUCCUCUGCAUUCAUGGACUGUAUAGUACUGUAAGCAUGGAUGUGUUGUUAUGGAGUACUGUUGUGUUGGUUGUUGUGCCCUUUGAGGUUUGUUGAGUAGUCUAGUCAUGCAUGGGUGUUGGUGUAGUUCAUCGGCAAUCUAGCAUGCACUGAACAUUUGCAUGUUCACCUACAACUGCAUGAGCAGGCACCAAACAGCAGCUUUCUUGAUGCUGUUUAUAACCCAUGACUUUACUAAACCCCAUUCUUCUUGGCAUGACCCAGAGCUGGGCUUCCCUUAACCCAGUGCCUUUGCUGACCUUGAGCAGCCCUGCUGUGAUAUGACCUUAGUGGUCCUGAGCCUGUCCUGUUGUGUACCUGCAGCUGAACGCUGAGAUGCUGGAGAAGAUCCCUGUGCUGAAGAAGCUCCGGGCCUUGGAGGAGGAGCAAGGGAAGGACGUGACCCUGGGGACCCACCCUCCCCCGGAGCCCAGGGAGAGGGCCAGGAGGGAGCCCCGGAGGGACAGGGAGCCCAGGUCAGAGGGUGAUAGACCCCGACGUGAGCCCAGGCGCAGGCCUAGACGGAACACCCAAGAGGACUCUGAGAGGGACCCCAAUGGGGAGUCCAGAGAGGAGACUGAGCAGAAACCCAGACGACGCCCACCAAGAGUGAGGCGGGAGGGGGACAGAGAGGGGGGUAGGGAUGGUGAUGGGGAGGGAGGCCAGGAGGGAGGCAGAGAAGGGGGUAGGAGGGUCAGGGGAUUCCGCAAUGGGGGCUUCCGUGAGGGGGGCAGAGGUGAAGGCAGAGAUGGAAGCAGGGGAAGAGGCAGAGGAGGAGGCCGGGAGGGGGGGAGGGGAAGAGAGGGGGACAGGGAUGGGGUCAGGGAGGAAGAUGGCGAGCCCCGUGAGCGCAGGCCCCCCCUGACCGUGACCACAGUGUACCUGGGGGGCAUCCCUGCCGGGCUGCGUGUCAGCGAGCUGAAGACUGCUCUCCGGGAGAGGGAGGCAGCCCCCAUCCGUCUCACCUGGCAGGGUGCUCAGCAUCGGGCCUUCCUGGACUACUUGGACCCACAGGCUGCAGACCAGGCCCUGGCCGCCCUGGAGGGGCUCUCCCUGAACGGCCACGAUCUGCAGGCUGAGCUGGCCAAGAGCCAGAGGGGAGGCAGGAGGCCAGGUCCAAGCAACCGGAGGCCCAGACCAAAUACAGGCCCCAAAAAUACAGCUAGAGAAAGUAGAGAGAGUAUGAGUGAAGCCGAGGCAGAUUCCCCCAAGCAGGAGCUCAACCAUAACGAGUAA